AUGGCUUCUCCGCGCACCCGUCGUAAGUUAAAUUCAGUGCGCAAUAUGGAUGAAAAUCAUAAAUGUUUUGAGUGCGGGACUCUUAAUCCUCAAUGGGUGUCAGUUACGUAUGGCAUAUGGAUUUGCUUGGAGUGCUCAGGAGUCCAUCGAAGCCUCGGCGUGCACCUCUCUUUCGUACGCUCUGUGACAAUGGAUAAAUGGAAAGAUAUUGAACUUGAAAAAAUGAUGGUUGGAGGAAAUGCUAAAGCCAAGGAGUUUUUUGAAAGCCAGCCAGAUUACAAGCCCGAUAUGACUAUACCCCAAAAGUAUAAUACUAAAGCUGCUGCUAUGUAUCGCCAAAAGAUAACCGCUCUAGCCGAGGGUCGCCAAUGGAGCCCUUCUGAUUAUAAACCAGAAAAUAUUGAGCGAUCCUCUGAAUGGAGCCAGUCACGUGACUCCUACUCUUCUGGUGAUAAUGUGUUUCAUGGCAGUGGCUCCGAUAACAACAUAAGUUACCAUAGUGAGUAUGGCAGUGGUCGUUACACUGGCUUUGGUAGUUCACAGAAGCAAUCUCAAUCAACCCCUAUGUCACCAAUGCAUAGUGGAAAUGAGAUGGUUGACAACACUCUAGCAUCAUUGGCCUCGGGUUGGUCCAUUUUCACAUCUUCCGUGAGCAAGGUUGCACGUUCAGCCACCGAGAAUGCCGUCAAAUACGGUGGGAUUGCUUCUCAGAAAGUUUCCGAAAUGGCCUCUACUGUCACAGAGAAGGUUAACAACCGUGGUGGAUGGAGUUCUUUAGGCGGAGCAAGCAAUGAACUGCGCCGUGCCAGCAAUUCUAGUGCACAAUACCAGUCCCAAAGCUAUGGUGCAAUGAAGAGCUCCUAUUCAGAAUCAUAUCCAAAAUGGAACGAGCCUCCCCAGGGAUUUUCUGUAGCGGCACGCAACAAUUUAGAUACCCGCGAUCUGUCACAAGUGGGUGUCUCCAGCCCGCCUCUCGAUGUAAAAAAUAUUACCAUCAAGAAGAAGAAAGAGGAGGAAUCGUGGGACUGGCUCAAU